AUCUCCACCUUAUACAACACAGACACACUUCUCUGUUUCAACAUGACUUCCUUCUUCUUCUUCCUCUGUAUUCUCCUCAUCCCAACCCUCAUUUGCUCUUCCCCUUUCCACGACCCUGAAUCCAUCGUCCAAGAAGUGAACAGGAAAAUCAAUGCCUCUGUCGCUAGGCGGAAUUUGGGCUACCUCUCGUGUGGAACUGGCAACCCUAUCGACGAUUGCUGGAGGUGCGAUCCUAAUUGGGAGAAGAACAGGCAGAGGCUAGCCGAUUGUGCGAUAGGGUUCGGGAAGAACGCCAUUGGCGGGAGAAAUGGAAGAAUUUACGUGGUGACGGACGCCGGCGAUGAUGAUCCGGUGAAUCCCCGGCCGGGCACUCUCCGAUACGCCGUGAUUCAGGACGAACCGUUGUGGAUUACAUUCGCGAGGGACAUGGUGAUUCAGUUGAAGGAGGAGCUUAUCAUGAAUUCCUUAAAGACCAUCGACGGACGAGGCGCGAGCGUGCACAUUGCGGGCGGGCCCUGCAUAACGAUCCAGUACGUAACCAACAUUAUAAUCCAUGGAAUCCACAUACACGACUGUAAGCAGGGAGGGAACGCCAUGGUGAGGAGCUCCCCACGGCACUACGGGUGGAGAACCGUAUCGGACGGCGACGGCGUGUCCAUCUUCGGAGGCAGCCACGUGUGGGUGGAUCACUGCUCGCUGUCGAACUGUAAAGAUGGUCUGGUCGACGCGAUUAUGGGGUCCACCGCGAUAACCAUUUCUAACAAUUACAUGACGCACCAUGACAAGGUCAUGUUACUGGGUCACAGCGAUUCUCAUACACAAGACAAGAACAUGCAAGUCACCAUCGCUUUUAAUCACUUCGGAGAAGGCCUCGUCCAAAGAAUGCCGAGAUGUAGGCUUGGAUAUUUCCAUGUGGUGAACAAUGACUACACUCAUUGGGAAAUGUAUGCCAUUGGAGGAAGUGCUAGCCCAACCAUCAAUAGCCAAGGCAACAGAUUCAUGGCACCCAAUGACAGAUUUAGCAAAGAGGUGACAAAGCACGAGGAUGCUCCAGAGAGUGAAUGGAGGGGCUGGAAUUGGAGAUCAGAAGGAGACUUGUUGCUGAACGGUGCGUUUUUCAGGGCAUCAGGUGCGGGAGCCUCCUCUAGCUAUGCAAGGGCUUCUAGCUUGAGUGCCAGGCCUUCUUCUCUGGUGGGUUCGCUCACCUCAGGCGCCGGCACACUCAGCUGCAGGAAAGGUUCUCGCUGCUGAUCGUUACUAUCAGCUAAUGUCAAAAGAAGAAAAGAGAGGGAAAUCAAAAACAAGUUACACGUCUCUCUAGGAUUGACUCCAAUUCCUUCCGUUCUUUCUUUUCUCAUGUUUGUUUGCUUUUUUACUUAUUAAUUUUCCCCCUGAUUUGCUGUAAUGUCUAAAGAUUACAACCUCGCCUUUGACUCUUAGAUCCAAGCCACGUGGGGGAUGUGAAUGGUCUAAGAGGAAACGAGUGCAGAAGAGUUGAUGCUACUGAUAUGUGUUUGUACUAAUAUACGAAAUUACAUAUGCCGAGAUUGAAAUC